CUGCGUUUCCGCGUUUCCGCGCAGGUGCAGACAGAGCCGAAAGCGAAGGCAACAUUCAGAGGCGUCACCGCUGUUCGCAGUCCCGCUUCUCUUAGGCGGAACGGCUUGCUGCACAGUCCCCUCCUCUUCUUCCUUUCCCACAGAAGCCGCAAACAUCCAUGGCGGGCUUGGAGGUUCUCUUCGCGUCGGCCGCGCCGGCCAUGACCUGCCCACAGGACGCACUCGUCUGCUUCUUGCACUGGGAAGUGGUGACAAACGGCUACUAUGUCUUGGGCACCGGCGACCAGACCCCAAUGAUAAGAAGUCAGAACUACUGCCGGCUGAGUGGAACAGCAAUAAAGAACUGUAUGCCCUCCGGUAUGAGUCUAAGGACGGUGCCAGAAAACUCCUUCUGAAAGCUGUGUCUGUGGAGAAUGGCAUGAUCAUCAACGUGCUGGAGCAUGGCACACAGCAGGUGGCAGACUUGACUCUGAACUUAGAUGACUAUAUUGAUGCAGAAGACCUGAGUGAUUUCCACAGGACCUAUAAGAAUAGUGAGGAGCUUCGGUCUCGGAUCAGAUCUGGAAUUAUCACACCUAUCCAUGAGCAGUGGGAGAAGGUUCGUUUAAGCAGUCCCCCUCGGGAGUUCCCACCUGCCACUGCCAGAGAGGUGGACCCACUCCGGAUUUCCUCACACCAUCCUCAUACUAGCCGGCAGCCUACUUGGCGUGAUCCCCUGAGCCCAUUUGCUGUCGGGGGAGAAGACCUAGACCCCUUUGGGUGUCAGAGAGGUGGCAUGAUUGUGGAUCCCCUGAGAUCCGGCUUCCCAAGAGCACUUAUUGACCCAUCCUCAGGCCUCCCAAACCGGCUUCCUCCUGGUGCUGUGCCUCCAGGAGCUCGCUUUGACCCCUUUGGACCCAUUGGGACCAGCCCAUCUGGACCUAAUCCUGACCAUCUUCCCCCACCGGGCUACGAUGACAUGUACCUGUGAAGGCCUCAAGAAUGUAACAUCUCAGCCUCCCUUUCACUCUCCAGGAGCUACCACCAUUGGCCCCAUCAGCGUCUGUGUUCUUGUGGGCUUGGGGCAGAGGUCUCUGCCCAUGUGUUUGCAGACCUGCUGGGGUUGUAUCCCCAGCCCUUACCAGAGCCGAGGUGCCUGCUGCAGCACCCCACCAAGCUGCAUAUAGGUCCCAAGGAGAAACUAGUGUAUCUCAGUCACCAGCUCCUCCCACUUCCAAGGAAGACUCCGGCAACAUAAACCCUCCACCCGAUGCAGUCGCGGUCACAGCGCUAUAAGAACAGAAUGCAUUUUGGAUGUUAUUAUUAAGAACCAAAUGUCAAUACAGAAUUCAUGUUGCCGAUC